AUGAGAUACCAUCGCACUUCGAAGGGGCUCUGGGCGUUCCUCGUCCUGUCCUGCCUCGCCGUCCUGUCUAGCUGCUACCGCAAUGGAGAUCAUGAAUCGGUGUUGAGACCCUUUCAUCGCGCGUCAAUCAUCAAUCGUGCUAUUUUCGGCUCGGUUGCAACGACUACGGAUGAUGACUACGACUCUCCGGCUGCGUAUGACUUCUCCAACACGGACACUACCACCGCAUCUGCGGCUACUUACCCUUUCCCGACCGCUACACUGGGUGGUGGCGCUGGCGAUCCGUCCAACUCUUCUUUGACCCUCGACCGACACUCAUCUAGCGCCACUACCGAGCCCAGAUCUCCUGGAAUGAGCAAUGGUCCUGUGAUAGAAUCCACAUCUACUGCUGUCUCCCAAGAUUCUUCCAAUCUAGAAACAUUGUCAUCAUCGACCACUUCAGUGUCUAAUACAAAACACGACGCAGUUUCACAAACAGAUACUCAUCUAGACGAGACUGUCACCAUCACGGUGACAAACUUCAUCUCAGGCAUUUCGAAGCCUACAGAAAUCAGCUAUCCAAUUCCUACCUCCUCGGUUAUACAGAAUUCUGUCAUCUCUUCUAGCUCGGCAGUUUCUGAAGGCGCUAUCUCGGUCAUCACAAUCACGUCCCUACACACCGUCACCUUGUCCAUCAGUCAUAAUUCUUCUUCUACCCAGCGAACCACUGUGCAGCCCUCAACAUCACCUGAUAAUGUGGCAUCGACUGCUAAAACCAUAUCCAGCCAGAAUUUUACCUCUAUGCGCCCUGUUACGUCUUCCGGAGUCAGCAUUAUUACCAUAACGCGAAAGGAAACCUACACAGGCGUGUCAAACACCACUGCAGAUGCAACUGGCCAAGCUACGUCAGAGGAAGUCGCAACAUCCACCAUAGGUUGGCCUACUCCCAUUUCGCGCAUUUCCCCUUUUUCAGCCUCUUUCAACUUGUCAUAUGUGCCAGAACCAGUGAUCAGCUCUCAGGUCAGUGGUGCAGCUACCUCAGUUCAAUCAACUUCUUCAUCAAGCACCACCCGCACAGUGUUUCAAAACAUUACUAUCACCCUAAGCGGGUUCCCAGAUACUGGAUCGCCCGAGACUGGAGCCACUAUCACGGCGGUGCCAACACUUCCAGCAAGCGGCAACGCUACAGAUUAUGUUUCAAGCACGCGGUUUAGCAGCACUCUGUAUCCUGUACCGUCUUCGACUGCAAACCUCAGCUCUACAAAAGCUACGGCCAAUGCUACUAAUGCCGGGUCGUCCAGUAUGAGCAUCUCUACAGAGGUCAUAACCAUCACCGUGUAUCCUACGACUUUGGAGACUGGAGACCCUGCCGAUAUGACUUCAGUGAUAACUCUUCACAGUAACAGCACUACGACUGUGGCUUUGACCCCUUAUCCCCUGAGCAAUGUCAACUCCUCAAAAUUUUCCACUCCUGGAGAUCGUACAACUGCGAGCAGCGGCCCUCCGAAUGCUGAAAGUGCAGGUGGUUGGAGUACUGAUCUCCCAACAGCUUUGGCAAACUCCAGUGCCGUUGGAACACCGCGAUAUACAACCACCGCCCGGUCUUCAAACGACUACACUCAGCCAACGUACGUUCACACUACUUGCGAGCACACCGAAAUCAUUUCUCAGCCUGGCGCCACAGCCGACACUGGCGCUGGAAACUCGUCUAGCUCUAUGGGCACCAGCUUGAAUGGAACAAAGACAAUUUCCCUUCCAUCAACAUUUAAGACCACAGUCUCGCGCACCCACUCCGUUGGGGAUGAUGGCGCGUCGGCUUAUCCUUCAGCGUCGGGAAAGAGACUGCCCGGUAGCCCUACCUAUCCAUGGGGAGGAAGUGGGCCUCUCCAUCGUUUUCAAGAGCCCGAUUUUUGA